AUGCGAUUUUCAGCUCCCCUUCUCACUCUCCUUAUUUCCCUCUCGAUUUCUUGGAGCUUCCUUUCGGCGCUGGAGGAGCUGAACGAUCGAACGCCGAAUCCGGGAUUCCUGAGCCAGCUAGACGUUUUGCGUCUCCGAGACGGGUGGCAUUUGAAAAAUUUCACAAUGUCACAACAACAACUAGUAAUGCAUAAGAUC